UUGAAAUGUUUUCUAAUUUUCAGGCACUUUUUUGAGAUGGCAGCUGUUACUCCAAGAAAAAGGAAUCGGAGUUCUACUAGCUCUGAUAGCAUGUUUUUGGCACUUGGGACUCCAGCAAAAAAACUGAUGAUGGACAUCAGUGUGGGUCUGUCUCCAGUCAAGACAUCUACAAAUCGCACCUUUAUUUCUAAAACAAAAUGUUCACCUGGAUCUAGCAAUGAGGAUAAAGAAAACCAAGUGUCACCUCUGAAGUCCUCUAUGCCAAGGAAGCUUGACAAUUCCCCACUUCAGAUAGCCAGCAUCCCAAUGGCAGCAUGUGGGAAGUUCUUGGGAAAAGUGUCUCCAAAGACUGGUUCCCCAUACAGGCCAAUUGUGCCUGCUGCAUCCUUCUACCGCAAGGAAAAGCGGUAUCUUACCCCACUGGAGAGGAAACUGGUAAAUGAAAGCCGCCCUCUUAAUUACAGGGACAACGAUGGAGACCUCCCUAGUGCCAAUAGGACGGAGAAAGUACAGGGAAAUAUGAACCUUAUCAGGAAUGCAAGCUCAAAAACAUCCAAACGUCAGAUUGAUUCUAGGUAUGUCAAGACUUUACCAAGAUGUGUCAAGAAAGCCAAGGUAGAUGUAGCUCCUGUCGUACCUGUUGUGGAAAAGGAGAACGUUGUUUGCUCAACUGAAAAGAAAAUAGAGGCUCCUUUCAGAGUGCUAAGCAUGAAAGUGAAACCUCUGCUGAAGCUCCAGAUGGGAGCAGCAUUCUUUUCUACUGGGAAGAAAUCCCACUCUGGUCCUAAAAAGUUGUCUUGGGGUGUUAAAUCCCCCCAGCUUCUCUCUAGUUCUGUAGCAGAGGCUGACCUGCUGAGGCCAUCAGGAGAUAGGGCACUUUACUCAGAUGGUAAAAACAAAGUUACCAAGAUCAGUGAGGUAUCAGAACAUGCAAAUGUGUCCCAGAAGAAGGAAUAUGAAGAUAGGGAGAAAUUGGCUAAUCGCAUAAAUCAAGAGAAGGAGGUUGAUCAUGAAUUGAAGGUCUCAUUGCAGAAAAUAGAAUGUAUUCCAUUCAAUCACUCUGGUUCCUCAAAUCCGAAGGAAAUUGAUACAAGGAACUUGGACUUGGAUGAAACACAAUCUUCCAUAAACUGUGAGUUGGAUGACCAUGAGGAUAUUUCUUUCAAUCAGUCUCCAACAGAGACUAAUAAAGGCUCUCCUUCAGCAGACGUUAUCUAUCCCAUGUUCAGUACACCCUCUGUUAACAGAACCAGGGCACAGCCUUUCUUAGAUGAUCUGGCAUCUCCCUUGGGAUUCAGCCCACCUGCAAAAAUGGUUCAUACCUCCCGGAAAACCAGAAAGAAAACAAAAGAACUAAGCAAAGACUGCAAAGACCAGAUGAUCAUUGAUGCUGGACAGAAACAUUUUGGUGCAAUCAUAUGCAAAUCAUGUGGCAUGAUCUAUACAGCUGCCAGCCCAGAGGAUGAAGCUCAACACAUUCAGCAUCACCAAAGGUUUCUUGAGGGAAUUAGAUAUGCGGGCUGGAAGAAAGAGCGUGUGGUUGCAGAGUUCUGGGAUGGGAAAAUCGUUUUGGUCCUUCCAGAUGAUCCAAAAUAUGCCAUCAAAAAGGCAGAAGAUGUGCGAGAACUUGUAGAUAAUGAACUGGGAUUUAAACAAACUGCAUUAAACUGCCCAUCCAAGAUUAAAACCUACUUUUUUGUAUCCAAUGAAAAGAAGAUAAUUGGUUGUUUAAUUGCUGAACAAAUCAAACAGGCAUUCCGGGUGCUGUCUGAGCCUAAUGUUCCACAGUCCCCUAAUCGAGACAUCCUGCAGCACCAUCGUGCUUGGCGUUGCUCCGCAAAGCCGGAAGCUGCCAUUUGUGGGGUUAGUAGAAUCUGGGUGUUCAGCCUGAUGCGGCGAAGAGGCAUUGCACGUCGUAUGGUGGAUGUAGUCAGAAACACAUUCAUGUAUGGCUGCUACCUAAGCACUGAUGAAAUCGCCUUCUCUGACCCAACACCGGAUGGCAAGCUGUUUGCAACAAAAUACUGCCAAACCUCUAGCUUCCUUGUUUACAACUUUAUUAAAGACCAAUUCCAAACAAUCCGGUCAGUUUAACUGGAUGUUUAGUUUUCUAAAUGUAAUGUGCAUGUUUAAUUGUGGUACUCAGCCGUGUUCCAUUUCAGUUUCCUAUUGAGUGCAAACUCUUGCUGUUUGAUCAAGUUUAAAAGGCAGAGGUUAAGAAUAUAGUCACUUUCUGUACAUAAUUGUUCUGUAUUCUAAUGUUUGUACAUUGUGAAACUAAAGUUUCUGAUUCUAAAUGUUUAUUCUGAAAGCUAAAGUUUUUAUUUUAAUUUGUAAAUUAAAGCUAAUAUAAAGAUUUCUCUGAA